GAAAUGGGAAAAAUAUAUACUAAUUAGUUUCAGUCGUCGUCGUCGUCGUCGUCGUCGUCGUCGAGGGUUUAAGGUAUUUACCAAAGGGGGGGGGUGAUGGCUAUGCUGGUGAGACGAGCUCGAAUUGCUAUUGGCUUUCUCAGGAGGAGCUCCUCCUUGGUUGUUGUCCAGCGUCGCGAUUUCUCUCACAACCAGACCCUCUUUUCUCCCCGAGAUCUCCAACCCGAUUUGUCCUUGCCCCAUUUUCUCAGGGAUUCUCGUCGAGGCUUCGCUAAAUCCAAAAAAUCGACAUCGGUGUUGGUCGACGUAGCUCCAGAUAUUGGGCCUAGCGUGAAAGAAACAGCCUCUUCACAGAUGGAGGCAGCCAUCGAUGCCUUGUCGCGGGAUUUAACUAAAUUACGCACUGGAAGAGCUGCACCAGGAAUGCUUGAUCAUAUUAUUGUCGAAACUGAGGGAGUCAAGAUGCCUCUCAAUCACUUAGCUUUGGUCUCUGUCCUCGAUCCCAAAACUUUGUCUGUCAAUCCUUAUGAUCCUGAUACUCUGAAAGAACUUGAGAAAGCAAUCGUCUCUUCGCCAUUAGGAUUAAACCCCAAACUGGAUGGGCAACGGCUCGUCGCAUCUAUCCCAGCAUUGACCAAGGAGCAUGUCCAGGCAAUGUGCAAGAUUGUAACAAAGUCCAGUGAAGCUGUGAAACAAAGCAUAAGAAGAGCUCGGCAAAAGGCACUGGACACGAUAAGGAAAGCAGGCUCAAGUCUACCAAAAGAUGAAGUGAAGAGACUGGAGAAGGAAGUUGAAGAGUUGACGAAGAAGUUUGUAAAGUCAGCAGAGGAAAUGUGCAAGUCCAAAGAGAAAGAGAUCACCACCCAAGCCUGAUCUCAUCACUACUACCCACCCAUUACAUUAUGAUCCAUUACUAGCUGAAAAAGUUUCAGUCUUUUUUUUUACGGUACCUUGUACUUAUAGAUCCAAACGUUAAAUCAUUUUCAGUACGAAGAUUUGUUUUGAAUGUUCAAUUUGAUGGUGCUUGGAGGCGACUGAUACAAAAGUGAUGAAAGGGCCCAAUAAAUAAAGGCCUGGAAAAGUAACUCCAUUA